CCACCAUACCUGCAUGCGCUCAACAGAUAACGUUAUGUUCUAGCUCAUGAACUGAGGAUAGUUGUAGCUAGCACACCUGAGAAGUUUAUAAAGAAUUUCGCUAGUCUUGUUCGUCUACAUAAUAGUAUUCUCUCUUGAAAUCGGAGUUCUUCGAGUUUCGUAGCCUGUCUGCCUGCGAUCGACAUCAACACAGCGCUGCUUCACUGGGUCAAGUUCUAAUCCUGGAUUCACCUGGUCUGCCCAUGAGGAGGGGGCCACUGACUCUAAAAUGAGUCUCCCUGAACCCAACAUUCAAACAGAUGCUAGGAGCAGCCCACUAUGUCAGGAGAGACCUGGGUCUCCUGUACCUGGCUGUGUGUCUAUGAAGAGUGAUGGGUCCAUGGGACACCCAAUCAACGUGAGAGAGGCUGCCCUCUCAACUGUUCAAAGGGUCUGUCAGGAGAGACCAGACUCACCUGUGCCCAGUUGUGUGUCCAUGAAGAGUGAUGGGUCCAUGGGACAGCCAAUCAACUUCAGAGAGGAUACCGUCUCUACAGAACAAAGCUGUGUGUCUAUGAAGAGUGAUGGGUCCAUGGGACAGCCAAUCAACUUCAGAGAGGAUGCCCUCUCUACAGAACAAAGGGUCCAGCAGGAGAAACCAUACUCACCUAUGCCCAGCGGUGUGUUUAUGAAGAGUGAUGGGUCCAUGGGACAGCCAAUCAACUUCAGAGAGGAUGUCCUCUCUACAGAACAAAGGGUCCAGCAGGAGAAACCAUACUCACCUAUGCCCAGCUGUGUGUCUAUGAAGAGUGAUGGGUCCAUGGGACAGCCAAUCAACUUCAGAGAGGAUGUCCUCUCUACAGAACAAAGAGACCAACAGGAAAUAUCAAAGUCCGAGACCCUGAAUGAUCAGUCUACCCAGAGUCAGCUAACAGACCUCUCCUCCAUAUUCAAGUUGCUUGAGCAACAUAUCAUCAGUUUUGUGAAAAGUGAGUUGAAGAGGUGGAAGAGGCUUCUGACUCCAGAUUACCCAGAAAGCUUUGACAGUCAGGAGGAAGAUCAGGAAGUGGUGGAUGCUGAACAUCAGGAGAGCAGUGCCAGAUCGGAGACUCUUAAUAUCACACUGCACAUCCUGAGGAACAUGAACCAGAAGGAACUUGCUGAUACACUUGAGAAAUACGAGCGUCAUGAUAGGUGCCAACAUAAGCUCAAAUCCAACCUGAGAAAAAAGUGUGAGCGUGUCUUUGAAGGAAUUGCUAAGCAGGGGAAACCUACAAUCUUAAAUAAGAUCUACACAGAGCUCUACAUCACAGAGGGCGGAAGUGGAGAAGUCAACAAAGAACAUGAGGUGAGACGGAUUGAGACAGCAUCCAGGAGACCAGUAGAGCAAGAGAUGCCAAUCAAAUGCAACGACAUAUUCAAACCCUUACCUGGACAAGUCAAACCUAUCAGAACUGUGCUGACAAAGGGAGUCGCUGGCAUUGGAAAAACGAUCUCUGUGCAAAAGUUUAUUCUGGACUGGGCUGAAGGAAAAGCAAAUCAGGACGCCCACUUCAUAUUUCCUCUUACUUUCCGGGAGCUGAAUUUGAUGAAGGUAGAAAAACACAGUUUGAUGGACCUCCUCAAUCAUUUUUUCAUGGAGACAAAAGAAUCAGGAAUGUCUAUCUCUGACAAGUACAAUGCUUUGUUUGUCUUGGACGGUUUGGAUGAGUGUCGACUACCUCUAGACUUCCAGAACAAUGAGAGCUGUUUUGAUGUCACAGAGUCAACCUCAGUGGACGUGCUUCUAACAAACCUCAUCAAGGGGAAUCUGCUUCCAUCUGCUCUCCUCUGGAUAACCUCCCGACCAGCGGCAGCCAAUCAGAUCCCUCCUGAGUAUGUGGACCAGGUGACAGAGAUACGAGGGUUCAAUGACCCACAGAAGGAGGAGUACUUCAGGAAAAGAAUCAGCGAUGUGACCCUGGCCAACAAAAUCAUCACACACUUGAAGUCAUCAAGGAGCCUCCACAUCAUGUGCCACAUACCAGUGUUCUGUUGGAUUUCAGCCACUGUUCUACAAAGAUUUUUGGCUGGAGCAGAGAGUGGAGAGAUCCCCAAAACUCUGUCAAAAAUGUACAUGCACUUCAUAAUGUUCCAGAUAAAACAGAAGAAUCUGAAAUAUCAUGGCGACAAUGUCAUUGAUCCCCACUGGGAUAAAGAGAUGAUUCUGUCACUGGGAAAACUGGCAUAUGAGCAGCUGGAAACAGGCAACCUGAUCUUCUAUGAAGAGGACCUGACAGAGUGUGGCGUUGAUGUCAGAGAGGCAUCUGUGUACUCUGGAGUGUGCACUGAGGUCUUCAGGGAGGAGUUUGGGCUGCAUCAAGGGAAGGUUUAUUGCUUUGUGCAUCUGAGCAUCCAGGAAUGUCUUGCAGCUUUUUAUAGGUUUCUCUCUUUCAAUGAUGACUUCAACACAACAAAAAACAAUCAGCAGUCCAUCCCCAAGAAUCUGAAGAGGCGAGUCAAAAUAAUGCCUGCAAUUCACUUCUAUCAGAAUGCAGUGGAUAAGGCACUACAGAGUGAGAAUGGCCACCUGGAUCUUUUCCUCCGCUUCCUUCUUGGCCUCUCGCUGCCAUCAAAUCAGGCUAUCUUUCGAGGCCUACUGAAAUGGACAGGAGGUCGCUCAAAGAUUGACACGGAAACAGUUGAGGUCAACAAGAAAACAAUUGAUUACAUCAAGGAGAAGAUCCGAGAGAAUGCCUCUUCAGAGAAGUGCAUCAAUCUGUUUCACUGUCUAAAUGAAAUGAAUGACCCAACCCUAGUGCAGGAGAUUCAGAGCUACCUGAGCUCAGGAAAUGUCUCAGGAGCCAAACUCUCACCUGCACAUUGGUCAGCUCUCGCCUUUGUGUUGCUGACUUCAGCAGAGGAGCUGGGUGUAUUUGACUUGAAGCAAUUUAGUGGAUCAGAUGAGGCUCUUCUGAGGCUGCUGCCAGUGGUUAAGGCAUCCAAAACGGCUCUGUUAAAUAAGUGUAGCCUCUCAGUGAUGUCCUGUGGAGCCCUUGCCUCAGCUCUCUGCUCAAGCUCCUCUAGUCUGAUAAAGCUGGACCUGAGUGACAAUGACCUCCAGGAUUCGGGAGUGGAGCUGCUCUCUACAGGCCUGGAUAAUCCGCGGUGUAAACUGGAGACAUUGAGCCUGUCAGCCUGUGGCGUCACAGAGGAAGGCUGUGCUUCUCUGGCCUCAGCUCUGAGAUCAAACCCCUCUCGGCUGAGAGAGCUGGACCUGAGCUACAAUAACCCAGGAGACUCAGGAGUGAAGCUGCUCUCUACUGUCCUAGAGAAUCCAAGUUGUAAACUGGAGACAUUAAGCCUGUCAGCCUGUGGCGUCACAGAGGAAGGCUGUGCUUCUCUGGCCUCAGCUCUGAGAUCAAACCCCUCUCAGCUGAGAGAGCUGGACCUGAGCUACAAUAACCCAGGAGACUCAGGAGUGAAGCUCCUAUAUGCUGUACUGGAGGAUCCACACUGUAAACUGGAGAUACUGAGGCUGUCAAACUGUGAUUUCACAAACAAAGAUUGUGCUUCUCCGACUUUAACUCUAAAGUCAAACCCCUCUCACCUGAGAGAGCUGGAUCUGAGCUACAAUAACCCAGGAGACUCAGGAAUUAAGCUACUUUCUACUGUACUGGAGGAUUCUCACUGUAAACUGAAGACACUGAGGUUGUCAAACUGUAGAAUCACAGAGAAAAGCUGUACUUCUCUGGCAUCAGCUCUGAGAUCUAACCCCUCACAUUUGAGAGAGCUGGAUUUGAGUGGGAAUAACCCAGGAGACUCAGGAGUAAAGCUGCUCUCUACUGUACUGGAGAAUCCACACUGUAAACUGCAGACAUUGAGGCUAUCGUGCUGUCGAAUCUCAGAGGAUAGCUGUGCUUCUCUAGCUUCAGCUCUAAGGUCAAACCCUUCUCACUUGAUAGAGCUGGACCUGAAUGACAAUGAACCAGGAGAUUCAGGAGUGAUGCUGCUCUCGGCUGUAUUGGAGGAUCCACACUGUAAACUGGAGACACUAAGUCUAUCAUGGUGUGUUGUCAAAGAAGGCGGUUUUGGUUUUCUGGCUUCAGCUCUGAUGUCAAACCCCUCACAUCUGAGAGUGCUGGACUUGAGCAAAAACACCUUAGGAGACUCUGCAGUGAUGAUGCUCUCUGCUGUACUGAAGGAUCCACAUUGUAAAUUGGAGAGACUUAGGCUGUCACACUGUAGUGUCACACAGGAAGGCUGUACCUUUCUGGCUUCAGCUCUGAGGUCAAACCCCUCACACCUGAGAGAGCUGGAUCUGGACUGGAAUUCAGAAGUAAAAUUAGGAGUGAAGGAGCUCUCUGUGGUGCUGGAUGAUCCACUCUGUCGAUUGGAAACACUGAGGCUGGUAGCUUGUAGUGUCACAGAGGAAGGCUUUUGUUCUCUGGCUUCAGCUCUAAAGUCAAACCCCUCACACCUGAGAGAGCUGGACCUGCGCUACAAUUAUGAAAUGGCUUCAUCAGGAGUGAGGCAGCUCUCUGCUGUACUGGAAGAUCCACUCUGUAAAUUGGAGAUACUGAGACUCUGUCUCCCUCACUCUGAUUAUCAAGGGGAAGGCUUUUCUUAUCUGGCCUCAGCGUUGAGGUCAAACCCCUCACAUCUGAGAGAGCUGAAUGUGGCUAGUUACUCACAAGACUCUAGACUGAAGCUGUUCUCUGCUGCACUGAAGGAUCCACGCUGUAAACUGGAGAAACUGAUCUGUAGUGUCCCAGAGCAAGACUUCGCUUCUCUGGGUUCAGCUCUUAGAUCAAACCCUUCACACCUGAGAGAACUGGACCUGCAAUUCUCAGAAGACUCAAAUUUGAAGCCUCUCUUCUCUGUACUAAAUAAUCCACUCUUUAAACUGGAGAAACUAAGGCUAUCAGGAUGUGACGUUGAAGAGAAACGCUGUGCUUUGUUCUCAGCUCUGAGGUCAAUCCCCGUUUCCCACCUGAGAGAGCUGGACCUCAGCAACAAUAAACCAGGAGACUCAGGAGUGAUGCAGCUCUCUGCUCUACUGGAUGAUCCACGCUGUAAACUGGCAACACUGAAACUGUCAGACUGUGGUCUUACAGAGGAAGGAUCUACAUCUUUGGCUUCAGCUCUGAGGUCAAACCCCUCCUACCUGAGAGAGCUGGACCUCAGCAACAAUAAACCAGGAGACUCAGGAGUGAAGCUGCUCUCUGCUGUACUAGAGGAUCCACGCUGCAAACUGGAGAAAUUAAGCUUGUUAAACUGUAGAAUUAAGGAGGAAGGUUGUGUUGCUUUGGCUUCAGCUCUGAGGUCAAACCCCUCACACCUGAGAGAGCUGGACCUCAGCUGCAAUAACCCAGGAGUCUCAGGAGUGAAGCUGCUCUCUGCUGUACUGAAGCAUCCACUCUGUCAGCUGGAGAUACUGAGGCUUUUGCACUGUGCAAUCACAGAGGAAGGCUUUGCUUCUCUGGCUUCAGCUGUGAAGUCAACCCCCUCACGCAUGUGGCAGCUGGAUCUGAAUGGGAACGAUCCAGGAGACUCAGGAGUGAAAUUGUUCUCAGCUGUACUGAAUGAUCCACAAUGUAGACUGCCCAAACUGAUAGUGACUGGCUUGGAAGUACGACCCAGGAGCCUCAGCAGUGAUCAAAUGAACCUUCUGGAAUCGAUGGAAAUGACAUGACUGAAAUUCCCCUCGAGUUCAAAUAUACAUUUCUGAUGUAUUGUAAAACGUGUGAAAUGUUUAGUAUACUUGUGCAGAUACUUUGUUCAAAUGUAGAACUAUUAGGCCUACUUAUGUCACUACAUCUUGUAUUUGAUUUUUAAAAAUACAUUUUAAUAUCCAGCCACCAUUGACCCAGAAGAAAACAGUUGAAGCAAAGACCUUCAUCUUUAUUUACUCAUCAUGUAGCAGCAGAAUGAGAAAUAUAUCACAAAAAUACAUUUCAUAUGUAUGACAAAACAGAGGGUAACUUCUGACGCAUUGCCUGAAUAGAUACUGAUAAACGCUUAUCACUUCUCCUUUUGAUCUCAUGUCAAGCUCUUCACAGCAACAGUAAUACUGACAAGCACACACCAACAAGAGCUUUCUGCAACAUCUAAUCGGAACAAUCACCUUCCUUUUCCAUCUCACAACUAUGAAUCUCAACAGUCCUGAAAUUAGGAUAGAAACAAACAUGUAUACAGUUUGUGUUAAGCUGCACAGCAGUUCAAGAGUGAAGGUGAUCACAUUUGUAGUAUUGCAACCAGGGAUGGAUGACAUUAAAUCACACUGCAUUGGUUAAGGUGGUCAUGGAACUAAAAGCAGAUCGCUGACACUAGACUGAAGAAUGACAAGUCAGAGUUCAUCUAGACAUAGAACAUUAGACAGCGGAGAUGUGCAGUCUUGACUCACGACACAAAGGGAAUCUGGUAAACAUACUACACUGAUGGUUUUUCAAGGCACACAGAACUUCACAACUGAUCCCCCCUAUCUCACAUUUCAACAUGGAUAUUCAUUUUCACAUGAGAUAGUGACAACUGAUUUGUGGAUGGAGACCAUGUGUGUGCUAUUUUUCCACUUCAAAGUGAACUUUUUAGCUAGUAUUUUCAGAUGAAUGUGAUGAAUUCAAACAGUUAAGAAAUAGAUACAUCGAAGUGAGUGUGACAGGAGGUCUUGGAACAUGAAACCAGACAUUAGAACCACAAAAUAAUGCAUUUCCACACGUCCAACGUACCAAAGGGUCAAUAUUAGGAUACCUCAAAUUUUCUCUAAAAACAGUGGAAUUGGUCUGGUACUAACAGAUUUCUCACUGAGGUAAAGCUACAUUCAUCACAGAGAGGAGAUACUCAAGGUUGGCUUCAUCUAUUUGUAUGGUAUUACUAUGCCACAUUAUGUGCUCUUGAAAAUCCCCCAUUGAAAUGGAAUGGAGGCUUGAACAUCAGUAUUUAGAGAUGUGAUCAUCUAUUGUGUUUAGGACAAACUGACAUUUUGGAUAGGUGAAACCAAUUGUGUUCAAAAUACUAUACAUUAUCUGUGAGAAUAAAUAACUUAUUUCUAUGCUGGAACGGUGUCCAUUUCAAAAUGUAUGGUUAGCUUAGAAUGAGUUUACUACUGUUGGCCCGUGUUCUACAUGAAGACAUCUGGUAGUAUACACACCUAACUGUACACUGGAGUUCGUCCAACGUUUUAACAAUUAUAUACUGUACAUCAGACCAUCAUGUAAUCUGACUCAUGGGUGAAAACAUCUGUAUAUGGACUAGAUACUUUCUCAGGACAGAAUGAGAAAAUAUGAAAUGUCAAAUGCCUACAUGAGCAUAUAGGGAUCUGAGCAACAACUGAAAAGUUGUCAUUCCAUCUGUUUAUGUCAAUCUGUCAAACAGACUACUGCUUAUUGGAUAUGGAAUAGCAGUAUCACCUUUCAUCUAAAGCAGGGUAGAGCAACAUGGGUUCAAAUGCAUAUUAAUUUGCAUGGAAAUGACAGAAGAGGCAAAACUGUUGGGAGAGUACCAUACAAAUGUCAUUUUAAAAUAUUUGUACAAAAACACAAUGUUAAUAUCCAUGAAAGCUGCAUGAUUUAAAGUAGUUUAAAAAAAGAGUAAACAAACUGAGUAAAUGAGUUAACAAACAUUAGGAUGUUUUGAACAGAACAUUUGUUUUCAGUAAGUCCAGAUACACUCCCCUCACGCUGCCUGCUCACAGCCAUCGCUAUAGAAACACAAGACUGAACCACAAGAUUAAUAUCAGUUUUGUUGAUAUGAGUAUAAAAUAUUAGUAUAAACAUCGCAUUAGAAGUGUCCAUCACAUCUGCACAUAGCACCAUAGAUAACAUGAGAAUGGCUCUCUCCAUGGCUGUGUUUAGAUAGGCAGACCAAUUUACAUUUUUUUCACUAAUUGGUCUUUUGACCAAUCAGAUCAGCACUGAAAAAGAUCUGAUGUCAAAAGACCAAUUAGUGGAAAAAGAUCAGAAUUGAGUGGCCCGUCUAAACAACCAAAGUAAGAGAUUUUAAGCGCAUGUUCCAAUGCCCAUACAGGCAUAGCAUACCAAUAGACUACUUUGGCUGUGGAAGUCCAUAGGAAAUGGUAUGCUAGUGCGGAUAUUGGAACAGCCUUUGUGUUGCUGUGAGUCCCUAGUGACGUUGCAUGGGAGAGGUACUGCGUGUCUAUUUCGCACAGCUCUGCCCUGAACACUGGCAGUACUAGUUCAACAUCUGGCAGUACAUGAACCAGAAACCAACUAAAAACUACAACCACACACAAGACAGGGUAAAACACAGUCUGUUAAAUUACGCAGAUUGUUACAGUACACAGUAAAUUGUAGGCUACAGAUAGCAAUAUGCUGUAAA